AUGCUCGACAUGGGCUUCGAGCCGCAGAUCCGCAAGAUCCUGGCCAAGAUUCCUCGGCAGCGCCAGACGCUAUUCUUCACCGCCACCUGGCCCGCGAGCAUCCGUCGCCUCGCCAGCGAGUUCUUGCGCGAUGCCUUCCAGGUCCAGAUCGGCAACCGGGACGAGCUGAAGGGCAAUCAGGACAUCACGCAGAUCAUCAAGCCUUGCAGCGCGCACAACAAGAACACGAUGCUGAUGGACGUCCUGCGCCAGGCGGGGGUGGCGGACCGCGCAAACGCGGCGGCCAAGGGCAUCGUGUUCUGCAGCACGAAGCGCAUGUGUGACCAGCUCUCCCGCGAUCUGAGCCAGAAGGGUGUGCCAUGCGCCGCCAUCCACGGAGACAAGGGCCAGCGGGAGCGGGAACAGGCGCUCGGUGACCUCAAGGAGGCGCGCAUCAAGCUGCUGGUGGCCACCGACGUCGCGGCACGAGGCCUAGACAUCAAGGGCAUCACGCUGGUGGUCAACUACGACGUGCCUUCGAACACCGAGGACUACGUGCACCGCAUCGGCCGUACUGGGCGCGCGGGGCAGAAGGGCUACGCGGUGGCCCUGAUUUCGGACCGCGACGCGCACGCGCUGCGGGGCAUAAUAGAAGUGAUGAAGCGCACGAACCAGGAUCUGAGGUCACGCCGGAGAUCGAGCGCAUGGCCGCGAACGCCGGGCCGCCGCCGCCGUCUGGUCGCGCGCUGCGCAAGGGCGGGGGCAAGGGCGGCGGCGGCGGCGGCGGCUCCUUCGGCGGCUCCUUCGGCGGGGGCGGCGGGCGCGGCAGGAGCCGCAGUUAUGACAGGAGCCGCAGGCGCAGCCGCAGCCGCAGUCGCGGGCGACGCUGAGGAAUGGAGGUAG